AUGAAUGGGACGGAAGAGGAAGUGGUAGACAUCAUUGAGGACAUUGUGAGGUACUAUAGAGAUUGGCAAGAUGGUGAGAGGGAUUCAACUAGCAAGAUUAGCUCUUCGGUGUACUCGGUUGAUCAUCUAAAUGCAAUCAACAAUCUCUCCUCACAAAUGACAAACUUGGGGAAGGAAAUGAUUGCGAUAAAGGAAAAAUUGGAGAUUUCUUCUUCCGAAGCUUCAAAUCUUCCCUCCCAAUUUAAGGGGAGAGACCAUGCUAGUCCUUCUUCUUUACCUUCCCAAGGCAUAUAUCCCAAGAGACUCGUGAAUGCUAUUGUUACAAGGAGUGGUAAGGUUCUUGAGCAGAGUUUGACUAGGAAUAAUGAAACUAAGGAAGUCCCUAAGAAGGUUUUGGUAGAGGAUGAGAGAGAUGGUUCAUCUUUGAGUGAGGUUGUGAUCAAGACACCUAGUGAGGUGAGAGUAGAGAAAGAAAUUGUGAAACCCAAGCUUCCUUAUCCACAAAGAUUCAUGAGACAUAUGUUGGAUGAACAAUUUGGAAGGUUUAUUGACAUGCUGAAGAAACUUCACCUAUCUCUACCAUGUACCGAAGUUGUAAUCCAAAUGCCCAACUAUGCAAAGUUCCUCAAAGGCAUUUUGAAUGGGAAAAGAACUUGUGAUGUUGUGGAGACGGUCAACUUGACCAAGAAUUGUAGUGCAAUUAUAAUGAACAAGAUACCACCCAAGUUGAAAGAUCCCAAAAACUUCUCUAUUCCUUGUGCCAUUAACAAGAUGCUAAUUGAUAAUGCCUUAUGCGAUAGGUCAAUCAAAUUUCCAAAUGGUAAGGUGGAGGAUGUUCCUUUGAGAGUAGGGAAAUUUGUGACUAUGGUGGAUUUUGUAGUUCUUGAAAUGGAUGAAGAUGCUACCAUUCCUAUUAUUCUUGGUAGACCUUUUCUUUCUACCUCGGGUGCCAUGAUUGAUGUUAAGAGUGCAUGCAAAAGUUUCAUUUAA